AUGAGACCUAAAUUAUCACGAGAACACGAUCAAAUUAUUAGAGAUUUUAUGUACAAGAAUAAAUCCGUUAAAUAUCCAUUAGCAACAUUAAGUAAAUCGAUUCCUUUCACCUCCAAACAAAUAGCUAAUCUUUGGUGGAAUAAACUUGAUCCUAAUCUUUGUCACGAACCUUUCUCCCUAGAAGAGAAGGAGUUUAUUUAUAGAUGGGUUCCGAAACAUACACAACCAAGACAAAAAAUUCAAUGGAAAGCUUUACAGUCCGAAAUGCAAGCAAAAUUUGGUAAAUUUCGUUCGCGUAAUGAUCUAAAAAACAUCCGGAAUUCUAAGCAAAGGCAAAUCAAACGAGCAAAAGUCGAAGUUAAUUCCAUUCUUCCCGAUGACGAGCAUGAAUUCGACGGGGAGAAUGUCGAUGAAUUAUACCGCGAUUAUAAAAUUGAUAUCGAAGCUGGUGAUAAUAUUGCUGUAAUCGAAGCUGAAGCCGGUGCUUCAAAUAAAGCUUCUAUUGAUUAUAUGUUAAAUAAAAAUUAA